AGAAAGCCUUGAGGAUGAGUGGAGGGACGUCCAAAUUGACAUCAUUGUUGCAGUACAGAUUUGUGCGGAAAGACGGCCAAGAGCAGGGCUCCAGUCAGAAUGGUUCUCAGUCCUCGUCAGAUUUAGAAACCCUCUCACCAUCACAGACUAGCACUAUACCUCCAGGAACACCGGACAAGAAUCCACUGAACUUUCACUCCACCCCAGAUGGUAAAGGCAUUUCAUCCUCCUCACUCUCCAGCCCAGAUUCACCUAUAUUCAAAACAAGGCCAAAGCUCAUUGACCGCCAGGAGAAAGUCCCACUUGAGAAAUCUGCAAACUCCUCGCCCUGGCUUACAAAAGAAAAUGGGAAGGGAUUCAAUGGAGUGAGCACUUCAAAAAAGAGAACUCUGCCAGCAUUCCCAGAUGACUCAGACGAUGAUGAUGUCGUGAUGCUAGACAGUCUGGACCAGAAAAUUCGUGAUGUGCGCCCGCUGUUUCCACUUCUUGAUGAGUCAGAGGUCAGAAAAGCACUAAUUGAUGGCAAUGGAGAUGUAGAGGCUGCCAUCAACAUUCUCAUAGAUAUAGGACGUAGCAAGAAGCAGCUGAAGAGAAUCAGAAUGGCCAGUCAGGAGAGCACCUCACCGGAUGUUGCCAAGCAGCCUCGGAAACGCAUACGUCAGAUAUCCAGUGACAGUGGGGACGACACUACCCAGGGGGCCUCACAGAGCACUGUGGGAUACAGCCUUGAGUCCCAAGGCUCUCUAGGGUAUGUAUGGGUAUAUCACAGAGCACCGUGGGAUACAGCCUUGAGUCCCAGAGCUCUCUAGGGUAUGUGU